AUGGAGGCGAAACCAGAGAGUCACAAGCUAAUCUUUGAAAAAGAGGGGGUGUACAUCCACACAAACGCUAAGAAGAACAACCAGGACACUUCCAUCCCAGGCUUCAUCCGCAUUGUGGAGAGAGAUGGUGAGCCUGCACUGGAGUGGAGCCCAGUGGAGGAUGAAGGGAGGAAUGCACCUGCUGUUUUUUACACACGGAAGGAUGGAGAUGGAGGAGAGGAGGAGACAAACUUUGACCCUGGGUAUGAGCCAGACUGGGCCGUCAUUAGCACAGUGAAACGUGAGAGAGAGAGAGAGCAUCUCCCAGUCCGACAUACAGGUCAGUGGGGCUCUUUCUCUUUGCCUUUGUCAGAGCUGUACUCUCUGCGUCGCGCUCGAUUCUCUUUGGGGAGAAACUUCCUGGUACUGACCGGUAGAGAUGGCCAAACCCUCCCCCCCCUUCACUUCCACAGGGGGGGGACCAGAGAACUCCUCCGAGCCCUGCAACGCUACAUCAUACUCACACCGUCUCCGGUUGAUGCGCGACUCUUCUUGGCGUACCCUCACGACUCUGGAGCACUCUCUCAGUCUUUUGAUGAACUCCACCUCUUUGACGAUGGAACCUCGGAUCUCGUCUCGAGGUUCAUCCAGGACCCAUAUGCCACUACAUUUGGGGGCUUCUCCAAGGUGACAAACUUCUUCAGAGGAGCACUGAGAACCCAAGAGUUGUCCCAGCACGGCCGUGGCUCCCAGGACGCUCACGCUCCAAACAGCACUGAUGAGGAGCCCGGCUUUGAGCUCAUCGCCUGCCAGGGGGCAGAGCUUGGUCCUAAGCCAGAGGUGACGCGAGGCCCCCCCUUGGAUCACUGGGAGGAGUUUCUUGACACACAGGGACGGGUCAAAGAGCCUCAGCGUGUCAAGGAGAUUGUGUUCAGAGGGGGCAUCGUUCCGUCCCUGAGGAAGGAAGUAUGGAAGUUUCUGCUUGGGUUUUAUCCAUGGAACAGUACCACAGAAGAGAGGGAGGAGAUUGUGAGAGUCAAAACAGAUGAGUAUUUCCGAAUGAAGGUUCAGUGGAGAUCAGUCAGUGAAGAACAGGAGAUGAGAAAUUCCCUCCUCAGAGGCUAUCGCAGCCUCAUUGAGCGGGACGUAAAUCGGACAGACAGGCACAACCCAUUCUUCUCUGGGAACGAUAACCCGGGUCUGACGCUGCUCCACGACGUGCUGAUGACAUACUGCAUGUAUAACUUUGACCUGGGUUAUGUCCAGGGAAUGAGUGAUCUCUUGUCUCCUCUCCUCUUUGUGACACAGAAUGAAGUGGAGUCUUUCUGGUGUCUGACUGGCUUUAUGCAGCUCGUGCACCAAAACUUUGAGGAGUCGCAGGAGGCGAUGAAACAGCAGCUCCUCCAGCUGAGUCUGCUCCUCAGAGCACUCGACCCAGAGCUCUGUGACUACCUUGACUCCCAGGACAGUGGUUCCCUCUGUUUUUGUUUCCGUUGGUUAUUGAUCUGGUUUAAACGAGAGUUCUCCUUUGAGGACAUCUUGAGCCUGUGGGAGGUUCUAUGGACACGUCUGCCAUGUGAAAACUUCCACCUGUUGAUGGCCUGUUCCAUUCUGGAGUCUCAGAGGGGGGAGCUGAUUGGUUCGGACCAUGACUUCAACACAAUACUGAAGCACAUCAAUGAGCUGACCAUGAAGCUGGAUCUGCACACUGUUCUGUGUGAUGCUGAGGCCAUUUACCUGCAGUUAGCAGGCUGUAAGGAGCUGCCAGUAAAAGUACAGGAGGUUCUGGGUCUGUACGUUACCUCCAGCUCGGAGGAGGAGAGCCCAGACUCUGAACCCAAAGAGAGUGAUGCGCUUCUUGGCCAAUCAGAAGCUGUGGCUGCCUCAGCCAGUCAGACGAGGACCAGUCUUGCAUCCCAGUCCUCAGCCCCUACAUACCCCUAACACUGCUCCUUAACUCCUACACACCCCUAACCCUGCUCCUACACACCCCUAACACUGCUCCUACACGCUCCUAACACUGCUCCUACACACCCCUAACCCUGCUCCUUAACUCCUACACACCCCUAACCCUGCUCCUACACACCCCUAACACUGCUCCUACACACCCCUAACACUGCUCCUACACACCCCUAACCCUGCUCCUACACACCCCUAACACUGCUCCUACAUGCCCCUAACACUGCUCCUUAACUCCUACACACCCCUAACCCUGCUCCUACACACCCCUAACCCUGCUCCGACACACCCCUAACACUGCUCCUACAUACCCCUAACACUGCUCCUACAUACCCCUAACACUGCUCCUUAACUCCUACACACCCCUAACACUGCUCCUACACACCCCUAACACUGCUCCUACACACCCCUAACACUGCUCCUACACACCCCUAACCCUGCUCCUACAUUCUCCUAACACUGCUCCUUAACUCCUACACACCCCUAACACUGCUCCUUAACUCCUACACACCCCUAACCCUGCUCCUACACACCCCUAACCCUGCUCCUACACACCCCUAACACUGCUCCUACACACCCCUAACACUGCUCCUACAUGCUCCUAACACUGCUCCUACAUACCCCUAACACUGCUCCUAAACUCCUAUACAGCCCUAACUCUGCUCCUACAUACCCCUAACCCUGCUCCUUAACUCCUACACACCCCUAACACUGCUCCUACACACCCCUAACACUGCUCCGACACACCCCUAACACUGCUCCUACACACCCCUAACCCUGCUCCUACACACCCCUAACCCUGCUCCUUAACUCUUACAUGCCCCUGCCUGUGCUCCUUAAUGCCUCCUUUCCCCUAACUCUGCUCCUACACACCUCUAACACUGCUCCCUAACUCCUGCAUACCCCUAACUGUAGAAAGGUGAAUGAAGCAGAGGAUUUUAGGACAACGUUGAUGUACAUAUGUAUAGAAAAGAGUGCUGGAUCAUAAGAAGUUGGAGGAGACUGGGAGAUGAUUAUCUGAGUGGAUAAGCACUAAGACUUAACGAGACAAACUGUUUUAACGAAGAGCCUGUUCUCUAUUAGAGGAGGGGAAGUGCAGCUGGAGGUUGAGGAAAGUGUGUUAGUGGGGAGAGUAUGGUUUUAUGACUGUGUUUUCACCGCAGUAAAAAAUACAUGCUUUUCUCAUUGGCUCAGUCCAUAUUUGUUACUCCUGUUAUGUCUGGUUUCUGGUUACAUUCUCUGUUCGUGCGUUCUUGUGCAUUUGGAUUUUGAUGUAGUUAUGUGUUUGUCUGUCGUUCUUCCCAUUUUUUCUGUUUCACUACAUUUAUGAUAAGGGAAUGACAGAGGGCUGACGGUCACGGACAGUGACACAACAGACCUGCAUACAGCUGCUAUGAUUCGCUUAACUGUUUAACUAUGAUGUCAUCAUACU